UGCUCUCCUCCAUUUGCCUAUAAAUUCAUCCACUCCUUCAACAAUUCUUCCACACCAACAUUCUCACUACUUCAUCUACAUUACUUCUUUUACAAUUUCAUCUUCAACAAAAUCUUCCAAUUUCAUCUACACCAACUCCCCAACAAUAUGUCUUUACUCACAAUGGGCGAAGCACACAGAGGAACAGUUGCAAACAUCGCAACAUACGAUGUAUCAAGGUUUCGAACUCGAGUCCACGAAUUUGUCCCAAUGGACCCGAUGAUUCAACCUUAUGUUGAACUCGCCGGUUUUGGUCACAUUAGCAAGAUUAUGUCUUGGUCUAUAGAUAACAAGUUCAUUCUAGCCUUAUGCGAAAGAUGGAGGCCAGAGACACACACAUUUUGGUUUCCAACCGGUGAGUGUACCGUGACGUUAGAAGAUGUCUACAUGCUUUUAGGACUACGAAUUGAAGGCAAAGCUGUUAAUGGUAAGACCAACUAUGCAAAUUCAAUUUGCAUGGAGCUUUUAGACACUGAUUUGUUAGAUGAUAAUGCUAGAGGUCAAGGUAUACUACUCUCACGCCUAAAGUCAUAUUAUAAUAGUUUAUAUUUAGAUGAGCAUUCUACCGAAGAUGCUUGAAUAAUCAAAACUAGAUGUUACAUUAUGUUGUUACUAGGAUCCUUUUUAUUUCCCGAAGGUAGUGGUUCUAGCAUGCAUAUUAUGUACUUACCUUUACUUAGACAUAUAGAUAGAAUAGGUAGUUACAAUUGGGGAUCAGCAUGUCUAGCCUAUCUCUAUAGUUCGUUGUGCAAAAACUCCCACAAAGACAAAUCUACAUUUUCUGGAUGUGCUGUUUUGCUACAAGCAUGGGGAUGGUCAAGACUACCGUCUCUAGCACCGGUCAAUAACAACCCCUUCACUUUUCCAUAUGCAAAAAAGUAAGUUGUUUAAAUUGCUAUAUCUUUACUUACUUCCUUACAGUUUAGUACCCAUAACUAAUUUAUUUUAACUUUUUGGUGUAGAUGGUCGGCACGUGGUAUGAAUUACAGCAGAUGUCCGAGACACUGUAUUACUCAGUAUCGCAACCUGUUGGAUCACCUUCGAUCGACAGACGUAAGCAAAAUAACUUCAUUAAUUCGUCAUAUUAUGUUGACUUUUUCUACAUUCAUUUAAAUCCUAUCGUCUUUAACAUUUCAGUUCAUUUGGCGUCCAUACCUUAAUAUGGAUCAUGAGCAUCAGGUCAACCCUGAAGACGCAGCCGUAUGGACAGCAUGCACACCGAUAAUACGGUUCACAACAGUGGAGAUGCACAACAUCGAUCGUGUGAAGCUGCAGUUCGGUAUGGUCCAGAAUAUCCCAGACCCCCCAGCUAGCCUAGGAGAAUGGCAUAUGCGUAAAGUGAACGACCAAUGGAACUACAACCCUUGGAAAACCUUCGCAAGAUCAUAGUGUC